AUGCGGACGGUGGGUGGGGAAAAGAGGAGACGCUACUCCCAGCGAACCGCCGCCGCCGCUCCCGAGGCCUCACCAAAAUGGCCGCCGCCGUCUCGGCCGCCACCACCACCACCACAACCACCAGCUCGCUAUCGCUACCGCCGGCGCGGCCCGUCCUCUCGCGAGAGACAAUCACCCAGUGAGCUGAAGUAAGUUACUAGUGGACCCUGGACCCUCUGGUUCCCAUGGCAGCCUACUUCCGUAGCGCUGCCUCGUUUUACAUGACGAUAGUUUCCUGAUAGCUUUCAAAUACCUGUGCUAUCUGUUCACAAACUUUGUAGGUUAAGAAUCCCUUAGAACUGCGGUCCCGAAACCCCAGGCCCCGAACCAGUACCUCGGCCUCUUAGGGACCGGGCCCCACCCUCUGUCCGUGGAAAAAUUAUCUUCCAUUAAACAUAGGAACCGGGGUGUCGCACAACGGGGUGAGAAGGGGGGCGAGCAAGCGAAGUUUUAUCUGUCUGUAUAGCCUCUCCCCAUCGUUCGCAUCACCACCUGAGCUCCCUCCUGCCUUGUCUGUGGAAAAAUUGUCUCUCAUGAAACCGGUCCCUGAUGCCAAAAGGGUUGAGGACCGCUGCCUUAGAGAAUUUGAUACCCUCACCCCAGAAUAGAGCGAUAAAUAACAGCUACCUUCUACUGAAGCUACUUUGUGCAUUGAUUAUCUCUUUUAACCCUAACAGUGUUUCAUUUUACAAAUGAAUUAAGGUUAGAGGUUAAAGAGUGAUAGAGUCCAAAGCCCAUAUUCACAGCCGAGCAGACUAAAGCACAAGAAUGCACGUUUUGACAAAUUUUACUACCUAACGCCCACCCUAGGAGACCAGGUUAGGAUACCCGGAUAAAGCUUUAUUUCUUUUUGAAACAGUGUCUCUCUCUA